AUGUACCACACACUCAAAGCAUUCGCGCUCGUGCUGUCGCUUGCGGUAGCGUGCGCGCAGCAGAGCCGCAGACCAAUCCUGUAUGCGAACCAGACCACCAGCGUGGCCCCCGAGCGCGUGUACGAGACCGACAUGUACUUUCCUUCCAACUCCACGACCAUCGAGUACGGCGAGGUCUACGUCGACCUCGUGAAGCCCACCAGGGUGUCGGCGUCGCAGACCACGACCUACGAGGUGAGCCUCGCCUCCAUCACAAACACCGAGUAUAUAGUCUCGACAAACGCUGCGGGGCCAGCGGGUGCUUCUGCGGAGCCAGCUGACCCAUCCAGCUCUGCGGAGCCAGUUGACCCCUCCAGCUCCGUGGACCCAACUGACCCAUCCAGCUCCGUGGACCCAACUGAUCCAGCGGCCUCAGCAGACCCCACUGGCGCUUCUCCCUCCUCCUCAGACCCCACUGGAGUCUCCACGUCCGCAGCCACCUCUUCCCCAGAUGCUGCUACCCCCACGAGAAAAGUGUCCGCUUCCUCGGCAGGAUCUGCGUCCUCAGCGUCCACAGUGCUCUCCCCAGUGACACAACUACUUAGCGAGACCACCUCCACCUCCACCAGUAUCUUGUUCUCCACCACACCAGGCUCUUCCACUGCCACGGGCACCGUGAUCACCUCACUGUCCUCCAAGUCCGAAAAACCUUUGAUCACCGUGUCCAUGAGCACGAGCACACCAUCCACCAGCAUUGCAACAUCCACGUUGACCAGCGCCAAGACUAUCAGCACCAGCAAUUUGCUCACCGCACUAUCGUCUGAAGCCGCGUCUUCCAGCUCUUCCAAUGCUGCUGUCUCUACCGGCAAUGCUACUGCCUCCUUCAGCGUUUCGUCCGGCACUCACACCACCACGAUCGUGAGCGCGGUCACGUCUUUGCAGGGCAACACCACAGUCAUUUCCCACAGUUCAUCCACCUCCGUUUACACUUUGGUGAGCUCUAUCGAGGUUUUGGCUACUGAAAGCUCGACUCCCAUCUCGACCUCCACUUCUGCCACUGCCACUUCUGCCACUGCCACUUCCACCACUUCUGUCGCGGCUGCUGCCACCGCAGUCGACCUAUUUGAACCUGUUGCCACCGACGAGCCACCAAACGUGUUUAGCAGAAAUGCCAACCCAUUGGACUUGGCCUCAGGUGUGAGCAAUAACGGCUCCCCAUACGAAACCAACAAGUUCUUCACAAACUUGAUGCUUGACGACCAAACACAACCUGCAUACGUCUAUCCUUACACAGUUUGGAAAUACAGCACUAAUUCUAUUUACGGGUUUGCAGUAUCACACACUACAGAAUCCCAAUAUGUCUUUGGCAAUUACGACAGCAAUGGUAACUCUGAGUAUUUGGUCAACCCAGUGGGAAUUGCUUCACUCAUUUUCUCGGCCACAAGCUUCGGAAGCUCUAACUUUAACAUGUUUGUUGGAGACAUGACGCUCUCCUCUUGUGAUGUGACCAUCAACGACGGUGAUUCCUCCAAUAUUUUGGAAAUUCCUCUAGUGCAAGGUAUGGGAUUCACAACAGGUAUUUACCACGGAUCUUUGGUACCAGAGAUCCAAACCUCUGAAGCAUUCUCAGUAUUUGAACAAUUGGAUUCGGAUAACCUCGCACAAGGUAUCUUGAAAUACCGUGUGACUUUGAACGACAACGUGCAAUGGUUGGUGUAUGCCAUUCUGCCCAAUGGCUACUCUACAGACUCUUUCGAAUUAACAAUGUCAGACACUUCUACCAUUGUCGGUUCUCAAGCAAUUGACGGCUUGAUUCUGCAAUUUGCCGCUGCUCCAAGUGAAAGCUCCUAUGAGGUGUUUUACGAUGAAGCCGCAGGUAUGUACGCCACGAAUUUCACAUUGAGUGGUACCUCGGACGGUACAACAGCUUCUUACGCGUUCGAGUACCAAACACAAGGUAUGUCCGCUUCAGGCAAUACAAUGCUGUUUGCGCUACCACAUCAUGUGGGUGCAUUCACAAGUGGUACACAGGCUGCCAUGACCGGCAUUGAAUUGCAAUCCACAACUAAAGGUACAAUGCAGGGUUUGUUGACAACCUCUAUUCAAUUCACCGAGACUCUAAACACUCAAAUUGGCUGGCUUCCAUGGACUUCUCAACUUGGUGAUGCAAGUUUAUCAUUUUCUGCCGAUCUUUUGCAAGAAAUUUCAGAAGCUGCGAACGCAGAGUUGGAAAUGGACAUCAAGUCGUCAAUUUCAGGCCUCAACACUUAUUACAUCGGUAAAGUUCUAGACAAGUACGCCUACAUUUUAUUGACCGUCGCAGAGAUUGUACAGGACUCAGCGGUUGCAAACACAACAUUGGCAAACAUGAAGGACGCUUUCGAGUUAUUAUUUACAAACGAGCAAUUAUAUCCAUUAUACUACGACACCAAGUACGGUGGAGUCGUGUCGUCUGGUGACUGGGCUUCCACUUCCACCGGAUACGAUUUCGGUAACACUUACUACAAUGACCACCAUUUCCAUUACGGAUAUAUCGUACACGCAGCAGCAGUUGUAGGGUAUGUUGACGCGCAACUAGGCGGGACCUGGGCGCAGGACAACCGCGCGUGGGUCGAUGCGCUAGUGCGUGAUGUGGCCAAUCCCUCGGAUUCCGACUCUUACUUCCCAGUUUCACGUAUGUUCGAUUGGUUCCAAGGCCACUCAUGGGCGGCCGGAUUGUUUUCGAACGCAAACGGUAAGAAUGAGGAAUCUUCCUCAGAAGAUUAUAAUUUCGCUUACGGUAUGAAGAUGUGGGGUGCUGUCGUUGGCGACUCAUCAAUGGAGCGCCGCGCAGACCUCAUGAUCGCAAUCAUGGCGCGUUCCAUGAACGAUUACUUCCUAUACAGCGACGACAACACGGUGGAGCCCUCAGAGAUUCUGGGGAACCGCGUGUCGGGUAUCUUGUUCGACAACGAAAUCGACUACACCACCUACUUUGGCACCGAAGUGCAAUACAUCAACGGUAUCCACAUGCUGCCCAUCACACCUGCGUCGUCCGCGGUGCGUGGGCCCCAGUUUGUAAGCGAGGAAUGGAGUGCCAAGCUGGAGAGCGUGGUUGGCACGCUGACGGAUGGCUGGCGCGGCAUUCUGACGUUGAACCAGGCCUUGUUCGAUCCUCUAGCGGCGUACGAGUUUUUCUCGGGUUCCAGCUACAGCUCUGCCUACCUGGACGACGGAAUGUCGUUGACAUGGUCAUUGGCGUUUUCCGGCGGGCUCGCGUGCUCGUUGGGCCAACUGUAG